UUCUGCUUAGAUUCUGGGUGCUUUGCUUGAUCAAGGACGCUUAACGUUUUACCUUUUUUUUUUCUCACGUCUUCGAGAUAACUGUCAACUUCAAGAUCCACCUCUCAAAUACAUUUCCUUUGCGAUAGUAAAUAAACAUCAACACAAGGGGAUAAAACAGCGCCACCACAACUCAAAAUGACGACCCCCUCCCUCCCGUCCAAAUACAAAGCCGUCAUCUAUGACAAGCCAGGUACAAUCUCCACGGCAGUAACCAUGCUCGACAUGCCUUCACCCGGGCAAGGCGAAGUCCUCGUCAAGUUGACGCACUCGGGCGUAUGUCACUCUGAUAUCGGCGUCAUGACGAACUCGUGGAAGUCACUGCCGUUUAGCACGCAAGCGGGGCAAGUGGGUGGACACGAGGGCGUGGGAACGAUUGUGCAGAUGGGGCCCGGAACGGAUAAUGCUAGUGUUAAACUGGGGCAAAGAGUAGGGAUCAAGUGGGUUGCUGGUAUAUGCGAAGCGUGUGAGGCCUGCAGGGCGGGUUUUGAUGUUUGUUGCUUCAAUGCGAAAGUCUCGGGAUACUACACCCCAGGGACCUUUCAGCAGUACACCCUCGCCCCCGCAAAUUACGUCACACCUAUUCCCGAUGAACUCGCUUCUGACGCCGCCGCGCCGCUACUCUGCGCCGGCGUGACCGUAUACUCAGCACUGCGCAAGACGAAUGCAGAGUCCGGAAAUUGGGUCGUGAUUUCCGGUGCCGGGGGCGGACUGGGCCAUCUCGCAGUGCAGUUCAGUGCGCGGGGCAUCGGUCACCGCGUCAUUGGCGUGGAUCACAGCAGCAAGAAAGACUUCGUUAUGGAAAACGGAGCCGAGCACUUUAUUGCUGUAGACGGCGCCCAGGAUAUUGUCGACACUGUGAAAUCGCUGACCAAUGGACUUGGCGCUCACGCUGUCGUCGUCUGCGCUGGUAACAACGCCGCGUAUGCACAGUCAGCAGAAAUGCUGCGAUUCGGCGGCCGUGUUGUCUGCGUCGGUGUUCCAGAGGGAGAGUGUAUGCCGAUUAAGAGUGUGACACCUAACCUGCUGGUCGCCAAGUCGGCGCAGGUUGUAGGGUCAGCAGUAGGGAACAGGAAGGAGGCGAUUGAGACUAUGGAAUUCGCGGCUAGGGGUAUCAUCAAGUCGCAUUUCAGAAUUGAGAAGAUGGACAAGUUGACAGAUAUUUUCAAGGAGAUGCAAGAAGGCAAGCUGCAGGGCAGGGUUGUGCUGGAUUUGCAGGAUUAGAAGGUGGCUGGAGACUGCUGAUGGUAUACUAUGUUGUAGACGUAAGUUUGACACUCAGUUGAAGCUGAACUCGAUGCUGUAGCGUGUAAUCAAAUACCAUGAA